AUGGAGGCGGCGGGAGGCGGUGGGACCCCCGCACCGGGACCGGCACCGGCACCGGGACCCGGCAGGGCCCGCCCGGCACCGCCACAGCCGCAGCUCCCCGCACAGCCACAGCCCAAGGGCCGGGAGCUCUUCAGGACCCAGCGCAAGGAGUCCGAGGGCUCCGUGGAUUGUCCCAGCCUGGAGUUCGAGUACGGGGAUGCCGACGGGCACGGCGCCGAGCUGGCAGAGCUCUACAGCUACACCGAGGAGCCCGAGCUGAGCCACAACAGGAGAUGCUUCGAGGAGGAUUUCCACGCUCAAGCACCGGGCAGGAGGUGGCUGGAGCUGGACGGGGCCCAGCAGAAAGCCUUUGUCAUGCGCCUGCUGGACGGGCUGGAGGUGGUCAACAGGGACAGGAGGCUCAGGGUGGCCCGGGCCAUCCUCUACCUGGCACAGGGUGUGUUUGGGGACUGCGAUAACGAAGGUGAUGUCCUGCACUGGUCUCGGCACAACAGCUUCCUGCUCUACCGCCUGGGCACCUUCUCUGCCUUCCUGGAGCUGCUCAACAUGGAGAUCGAGAACAGCCAGGCCUGCAGCAGCGCCCUGCGGAAGCCGGCCAUCUCCCUGGCCGACAGCACGGAGCUCAGGGUCCUGCUCAGUGUGAUGUACCUGCUGGUGGAGAACAUCCGCGUGGAGCAGGAGACGGAUCCGCCCGAGUGGAAAACCUGCCGGGAGACCUUCAGGACAGAGCUGAGUUUCCCCGUGCACACGGAGGAGCCGUUUGCUCUUCUGCUCUUCACGAUGGUGACCAAGUUCUGCAGCGGCCACGCUCCACAUUUCCCCAUGAAGAAGGUCCUGCUUCUGCUCUGGAAGGUGCUCCUGUUCACGCUGGGCGGGUUCGAGGCCCUGCAGGCCAUGAAGGUUCGGCGGCGGGAGGAGCUGGGGCUGCCCCCCCUGCCCGAGGACAGCAUCCAGGUGGUCCGGAGCAUGAGGGCGGCCUCCCCUCCCACCUACUCCAUCGAGCUGGUGGAGCAGCAGCAGCAGCAGAAACGGGGCCACCGCAGCCGCAGGCCCCUGGUGAAGCAGGACAGCUUGGACAUCUACAACGAGAGAGACCCCUUCAAGAACGACGAGGCAGGAGUGGAUGAGGAGGAGAACGACGACGUGGACAGCGGGAUCGAGGGGGAGCUGGACCUGCUGGAGCGGGACACGAUCGUCCCCCCACUGCCCCCGCAGCGCCCGCCCAUCGACAGGGUGUCCUUCCCCAAGGGGCUGCCCUGGGCCCCCAAAGUCAGACAGAAGGACAUCGAGCAUUUCCUGGAGGCAAGCAGGAACAAGUUCAUCGGAUUCACGCUGGGACAGGACACUGAGACCCUGAUCGGGCUCCCACGGCCCAUCCAUGAAAGUGUGAAGACUCUGAAGCAGCACAAGUACGUUUCCAUCUCGGAUGUCCAGAUCAAGAACGAGGAGGAGCUGGAGAAGUGCCCCAUGUCUCUGGGGGAGGAGGAAGUCCAAGAAACCCCCUGUGAGGUGUUGUAUCGAGCCAUGCUGUACAACCUGCCCCAGUACAUGAUAGCUCUGCUGAAGAUCCUGCUGGCUGCUGCCCCCACCUCCAAGGCCAAGACCGACUCCAUCAACAUCCUGGCGGACGUGCUGCCCGAGGAGAUGCCCAUCACCGUCCUGCAGAGCAUGAAGCUGGGCAUGGACGUCAACAGGCACAAGGAGAUCAUCGUCAAGAGCAUCUCGGCCUCGCUGCUGCUGCUCCUCAAGCACUUCAAGCUCAACCACAUCUACCAGUUCGAGUACGUGUCCCAACACCUGGUGUUUGCCAACUGCAUCCCCCUGAUCCUCAAGUUCUUCAACCAGAACAUCAUGUCCUACAUCACUGCCAAGAACAGUGUGUCCGUCCUGGAUUAUCCUCACUGCACGGUGUGUGAGCUGCCCGAGCUGACAGCAGAGAGCCUGGUAAGCAGCACCCACAGGGGCCCUGGGGCCGCUAUUGCUGC